AUGAUGGAGCAUCCCAUGUCUACCCAGGAGCAGCAGCUCUGCCAGCUGCUUGCAGACCUGCCGUCUCGAUUCCAAUACCGAUUCACAGACGAGGCGAAGAAGGAGCUGCUGCGCAGCUUGUUUUGGUCUUUAGCGGGCGGCAAGGAUGAGUACAUGCGCCUGUUGUUUCCGGAUGGAAAACUUCCAGACACGCUUAAGCUUGGUGAUGCUCAGGGCGCCGUAGAAGGAUCACACAAAGGCAAAGGAAAGGAGGCCGCGAGUCUACCGGAAGACAUCAUGUCAAGCAUUCAAAUGACCAUCGGCCGAUCCUUUGAUUACAUAUGCGACGUCAUCUCCUGCUCGCCGGAGCAGCUUCGCCAAGCAAAGACAAAGGAGUCCAUCGAGAAGGACGAAGAAGUUUCCAGACUUUCUUCCUCAUAUUAUAACUCUACUGCCGAACAAUGCGACGAGUACGCGCUUAUUCUGUGGAAUGACGAAAAGCAUACUGUCCAAGAAGUCGAGGACCAAGUUGCUCGCGCCUGUAGAAAAACGAGGCGCCAGGCUUCACGGGAUGCGUGGGAAACGGACUCCAUGGGUCGCAGUCUUCUGACAUACAGCCGCGACAUUAAAGAAUUGCUGCAGAUGUCACGAAUUCUAGAAGCGAUCCGAAUCACAGUAACCAUUCGAUCUGCUCGUGACACAUUCCGAGAGCAAAUGUGCGGUGCUCUCAUUGAGUGGCUCGGUGAUAUUUCCGGCUGCUCCGUCGGACCAGACCACUAUAUACUUCGCAAUACGGUUUGCGAAGAAGUCAUGAAACCUUGGAAACAGGGCAGUUCUGCUACCCACACACUUGGACUCAUCGACGACGAAGAUGAGGAUGACCAGUAUAUGAUGUCCAGAGCGCGGCUUCAAGGUGUAAACGCACACUUCAUCCUCGCUCUUCAGGCUACAGCGGGUGGUGUAGACAUUGACGGAGAUGGCGAGUCUGACGAAGAUGCCAUGGAUGAGGUUGAUAUCGACGACUUUAUGGAAGAGGAAGACGACGACGAUAAUGCAUCCCACAGUAGCUCCAUAGUGGGAGGUGUUGACGACGAUGACGAUGACGUGAUGAUGGUCGACGCUAGGGGCGAUGUCGGCGAUCUGAACAUGAACUGGAGUCAAUCAGAUCAAGCCUUGGAAGAAGAUGAAGCUACCAUGGCCGGAUACCCGCCACCACCUCCUCCACCUCCUGCGCAGGCAUCGACAACAGCAACGGAUGCAGAGCCAGAGCGAGAGGGAACCCCAUCCGAUUCAGAUCCUGCCGAGGCCAUCCGCCCUCCGGCUGCCUAUCCCAAGGCAAACCUUGAGAUCCCCCAAACCCCUGGCAAAACGGAAAAAGCUGUACCGCGCCCCGGCCCGUACUGGAUCGAGACUCCUGCCAGUUAUACUCAGCGCGGAAGCGUUUCUCCCGCUGAAGAUGUAUUCCAGCGAGUGAGACUCGACUGGCUCCUCUUGUUCGACCUUCGGAUGUGGAAGAAGGCGAGAAAUGACCUUCGCUCUCUGUACAUAUCCACAGUAGUCUCAGUGCCAGAGUUCAAGCGUGUGCUGGCUCUCAGGUUCGCCAGUCUCUACACCAUUCUCGCGCAGCUAUACCUGGUUGGUGACAGAGAGCCCGACCACUCCAUAAUCAACCUUUCACUACAGAUGCUCACGACUCCUUCCAUCACUGCGGAGGUGGUAGAGCGCGGCAAUUUUAUGAGCAGCUUGCUCGCUAUCCUCUACACUUUUCUGACGACGCGUCAAGUGGGCCAUCCAUGGGACAUCUCCCCCGAUGCCGUUUUGGGCUUCGAAAGCGGCUCAGUGACGAAUCGACGAAUGUAUCACUUCUAUCAAGAUCUCAAGUAUCUCUUUGGAUCUCCUCAUGUGCAGGAGCGCGUACGCAGCGAACCAAGGUAUUUGAUGCAGUUCCUGGACCUGGUUAAACUGCAUCAGUGCAUCGGCCCCAAUGUCCGCGCUGUGGUAGAGCACGUCGAAUACGAAGCCGAUUCUUGGAUCACGGCCUCUCUCGUUACCCGCCAAAUCAAUCUUCAAGCGCGAAACCUCGCCGAAGCUUUCAGAGACUGCCCCCCAGACGAGAUGCACUUUCUCCAGCGCGCCAUUCGCUUCACCAGCAAGACAGUCAUUCUCAACUCGAUAGGCGCCGACCGUCUGAGAUUUAAGCAAGGUGAAAUCAAGGAUGAGGUGAAGUUCAAAACCCUGAAUGACUUUGAGUUUGACUUUGACUCGGCGUCGUACGAUGUGAUUCAGUUUGUGGUCGAGAAGGAUCAAAUCAGCUUCCACCAUGCUCUACAUUACACCCUGUCUUGGUUGAUUGAAUGUGGUCGCUCUUCACCUGCAUCUGACAUCAAGACGUUGAUGAGCUUCACUUUGCAGGAGCUUAAGGCAAAACCGAGAUUGAUGGGGCGACCCCAAGUUCCCAAGAAUGACUACACGGCGGAGGACUAUUUGAUGGCAGCCUUCGAUUACCCUCUGAGGGUGUGUGCCUGGCUGGCUCAAAUCAAGGCUAAUAUGUGGGUUAGAAAUGGCAUCAGUUUACGCCACCAAGCAAGCACCUACAAGGGUGUGUUGCAGCGAGACGUUUCGCAUCACCGUGACAUCUUCCUGUUGCAAACUGCCAUGGUUAUUUGCAACCCUAGCCGAGUGCUUGCCUCAAUCAUUGAUCGCUUCGGCAUGGAGAAGUGGGUUAAGGGCUUGUUUGAACUCAAAUCAGAAGCUCAAGACGACAACCAGCAUCUUGAUGUUGUGGAAGACAUGAUCCAUCUCCUCAUUGUGCUCCUUAGCGACCGCACAUCACUGAUUGCCAUCGAGGACGAGCCGAACUCUCGCAUACUGGCAAUGCGUCGGGAUAUCACUCAUGUGCUGUGCUUCAAGCCGUUGUCUUUCAACGAGAUCUGCAACAAGCUGCCCGAGAAGUACCAAGAGCAAGAAGACUUCCACAACGUUCUGGAUGAAAUGGCUACCUUCAAACCUCCUGAGGGUGUCUCCGAUGUGGGCACGUUUGAGCUUCGGCCGGAAUUUAUUGAAGAAAUAGAUCCUUACAUUGCACACUACAACAAAAACCAGCGGGAAGAAUCCGAAAUGGCAUACCGCAAGAAAAUGGCCAAGAAGACAGGCAAGUCUGUGGAAGAAAUUGUCUACGAACCGAAGCAUCAUUCAAUCCCAUCCGGCCUGUUCAAAGACCUCGGUCAAUUUACAGGAACGGGCAUGUUUGCACAAGUCAUCUACUACUCGUUGCUGUAUCCAUUGGUGGCAGAAAGAUUCACACCGACUGUUCCCGUCACGAGACUCGAGACGUUUCUGCAGGUUGUUCUGCAUCUCAUGCUGAUUGCCAUACACGAAGACAGCUCAAGUGAAGAAAUCCAGGCAGGAGAGGAGCCCAACUCGUUUGUGCACAUUGCACUCACCAGAGCGUCUAGAGGAAACUUCAUGCCUGAUGCUCACAGCGCCAAAACUAUCGUUUCACUCCUACACGUUCUGUCUACCAAAGAGGCCUUCAAGUCAUCCCACCCGAAGAUCUCGCUGGUGCUGAAGCGUUUGAAGCAGCGUCGUCAGAGUGCCUUCCAGGCGUCCCUUGUGCACCUCGGAAUCGCUGUUGAUCGGGUCGAUACUGCGUCGCCUGCCAAUGCUUCCGCAGAUGAAGAACGGGAGAGAAGAAAGACGGCGGCUCUCAGCCGCCAGGCAAAAGUAAUGGCCCAGUUUCAGCAACAACAAAAGAGUUUCAUGGAAAAUCAGGGCGAAAUUGAUUGGGGCUCCGAUUUGGAGGAAGACGACGAGCUACAUCCUGCCGAGGAUCGUAAACAUAACUGGAAGUACCCAACUGGUACCUGCAUUCUGUGCCAGGAGGAAGCUGAUGACCGCAAGCUUUACGACCCCGAGCUGGUGCGAGAGGCGUCUCAGACGCCAUGCAGCCUCGACCGCUCUGCCGAAGACAUUCGUCCCUUUGGUAUUGCUCGAGAGAAUAGGAAGAUGGUAGAGAAGCUCAACUCUGACGGUAACACAUUCUUGGCAGAGCGACAAACAAUUGGAAAGGGUUUCGAUGCGAAAUUCUCCCGGCCUGGCCCUGUGGCUAGUGGAUGUGGACAUAUGAUGCACUUCCGCUGCUUCGAACAAUACUAUGAGGCAACAAACCGCAGGCAUACUCACCAAAUUGCACGUCACCACCCAGAAGACACCCGUCGCAACGAGUUUGUCUGUCCAUUGUGCAAAGCUCUGGGCAACGCAUUCUUGCCGAUCGUUUGGAAGGGCUUGGAAGAGUGCUACCCAGGCUAUCUCCAGCCUCAGGAUUCCUUUGGGGACUUUCUGGCUAAACAAAUAGGGUCCAACUACUGGCUUGGCGGAAGCAAAGCACCUGAGCUUGACGAUUCCCAUCUUCCUGCGUUGUAUACUCCUAGUGUUCCUGGCAGUCUUGUGGAAACAAUAGCGCAGCCACAGCAAUCUACCGACGCAUUAUGGGGUCGGGAUGAAAGCGAGCCAUCUCUCAAUGUUCCAGGAGAAAUACCAGCUACUUCAGGGGAGGCACCGGCCCCCUCUAGCCACCCACUUCCGACUACUAGCAGCUCUCAACUCAUCAGCGAAUUGAAGUCUGCGUACCGCCGACUAAGAGAGACGUUGCGACUCAAUGACCUUGAUGCCCGGCACGUGGCUGACACAAAGUCAGACGAUUUGGAAGAGUUCCACUUGAACAAUACUCUUGUUCACUCUGUGGGCUAUACUAUUUCCUCUGUUGAGAUCCAGCAGAGAGGAACAGAAGCGCAGCCAGGGAUGACGCUUCUGGAAAAGAUACCAGAGCAAACUAUCACUCACCUCCGUGUUCUGUCCGAGACUGUAUCAUCGUUCAUGUCGGUAAUGGCCCGCUCAGAAGAACAGAUUGAAGCCGAGUUUAACAAGGACUCGGAGCGCCAGCACUGCCAGCUAUUCAUGUCGCGCUACUUUGGUACGGGAACGCCUCAUGCUCGUCGACCACUGGAUGUCUACCCACCGCUUUUAAGCAUGGACCCUUUCAUCUUUCUGGUUGAGUGCUCAUACGGAUUUGUUCAUGCGCAAAAAGUCGAAAUCUCGCAUGUUCUGAGGCUCUGCUACCUCGCUGAGCUCGUCAAGAUUGUCUUUCACAUGGGCCGAAACAUCCCGGCUGCUCUGUGGCUGGAAAAUCUCACCAACCGGCAAACACAAGACCCAGCUAUCAACAAUUUUGCAGAGUUCGCUCUGAGUGUUACCAAGUCUGCACUUGAGUUCCAGGCUCUAACUUCGGCAGACGAGCCUGAAAGCGGGGAGCAACUUGGCUUCCAGCAGCCUGGAGUCGACUCUCUCGUAGGCUGGUACACAUUUGCCAAGAAAUAUGCUCUCACAUUCCUGCGCAAGUCACUAUUGUUCCUCCACGUUAAAUACGGAGUGGAUUUCAACAGUCACGUCUCUCUGACACCUGAUGCCGACGAGCUUGAUCGGUUAACAGAGACCUUGCGCAUUUUGUCUUUCGACGAGAUGUGUGCGGCCAUGACUCCCAAUGCCGGGGCCUGCGGUUGGCCAGAGACAACGCAGGAACUUGUUUUCGGAUGGGUCAAGCACCAAGUCAUGUGGCCACGAGCGUACAACGAGGUGCCGCGUUCGGGCAUGAUGAGCCACCCCGGAAUCUUCGAAUUAAUCGGCCUACCCAAAACCUAUGACACUUUGAUAGAGGAAGCAACGAGAAACCGCUGCCCGACCACGGGCAAGGACCUAACAGAUCCUGUGCUGUGCCUGUUUUGCGGAGCCUUGUUCUGCAGCCAGGGAACCUGCUGCCAGCGCACAGAUACCUCUGACAGGGAAUCAACUAGACUCGGAGGAGCCCAGCAGCACAUGAGAAGAUGCCAACAAAACAUUGGUGUUUUCCUCAACAUUCGAAAGUGUUCCAUCAUUUAUCUCUUCCGUCGUUCUGGGUCGUUUACGCCGGUACCUUAUAUCGACAAGUACGGUGAAACCGACCCUCAGCUACGCCACGGACGACAGCUCUUCCUGAAUCAAAAGAGAUAUGAUUCGAUGAUCCGUAAUACAAUCUUGAAUCACGGCGUCCCAAGCUUGAUCAGCCGCAAGUUGGAGGCUGAAAUCAACAACGGCGGUUGGGACACACUGUAA